AUGUCCUUGGUUAGCUGGGUGCUGAUGACUGCUCAUGGUUCCGCCUGGACGGUGCGCGCACAGAUCAUUGGUCAAGCGCCUUACGUUUGCGUGCUGGACCCCGUGGUGGUGAAGCACGUCCUUCAGGACAACUUUGAUAAUUACAUCAAGGGUCGACUCUUUCGGGACAGAUUCACCGAGCUAUUGGGCCGGGGCAUUUUCAACGCGGACGGCCCCGAAUGGUCUUACCAGCGCAAAACCGCGGCGCACCUCUUCAAGCGCCGCGAGCUCAGUGGGUUCAUGACCGAUUUCGAGGCCCCUGAUCCCCAUGUUCUGGUUUGCCGGCCGAACACCACCUACCUCACGCGGCUGAACGUGCCCUGGGAGCGCAUUCUUAGAGUAUUUUCCGAUCAUGGUCGUCUAGUGUGCCAAAAGCUGGACGAAGCCAGCCGCACUGGUACCGUAGUUGAUCUUCAGGAACUGUUUUAUCGUUACACUCUUGAAAGCAUUGGCAAAAUCGCGUUUGGUGUCAAUCUUGGUUGCUUCGAGAACGAUCGCGUCGAAUUUGCCGUCAACUUUGAUACUGCCCAGCGCAUCAUCAUGGAACGUGUUUUGGAUCCCGCCUGGGAGAUUCGGCGUUGGUUUAACUUCAUCCACCCGGAUGAGAUUGAACUGAGGCGUUGCGUCAAAAAACUGGACGGCAUUGCGCACGGCAUCAUCCAAGAUCGUCGGAAAAUCGGCGACUUGUCGGAUCGCGAGGAUUUGCUCUCUCGAUUCAUGGCCGUCAAGGAUGAGCAGGGCAAGCCCUUGGAUGACGAGCGGCUUCGCGACGUUGUCAUGAGCUUUGUCAUUGCUGGCCGCGACACUACCGCCAACUGUCUGUCUUGGGUGUUUUACGAACUUCACCAGCACCCCGAGGUUUUUGCCAAAUUGAAGAAGGAGGUUGAUACCGUGCUUGACGGGGCCGAGCCGACGCAUGACCUAGUGCAUUCGGGCAUGCCAUACCUCCAUGCUGUGGUAAAGGAGACGUUGCGGCUGCAUCCAUCAGUGCCCAAGGAUGGGAAGGUUGCAGUUAAGGAUGAUGUUUUGCCGGACGGGACGGUGAUCAAGGCAGGCACCAUUGUCAUUUAUUUGCCCUGGGUUAUGGGUCGCAUGGAAAGUUUGUGGGAAGAUGCGACACGCUUCAAUCCUGAGCGCUGGCUGAACCAGACGACGGAACCAUCGCACUUUCAGUACACGGCCUUCAACGCUGGUCCACGUCUAUGCCUGGGCAUGCACAUGGCUUACAUUGAAGCCAAGCUGUUGGUUGCCAUGCUUGUGCAACGCUUUGACUUUGAGGUCAAGCCCAACCAGGAGUUUACUUACACUGUCACUCUCACCAUGCCCCUCAAGAAUGGUCUACUUGUCACCCCUACGAAGCGUGCUUGA